AUGGCCGGGCACCGGGCGCUGCUCCUCCUCCUCGUCGCCGCGCUCCUGGUGGCAGUGGCCGCUGUCGCCUCCGCCGAGGAGGCCAAGCCGACCAUCCUGACCCCCGUCGCAGACACCCCGCUCGGGUCGUUCGAGGGCGACACGCCGGCCUCCGACGACGACUCCAUGGACGACGACGACGCCGCGCCCGUCGGCGCCCCCACUGGGGCCACCAUGACCGAGCCCAAGCCGGAGCUCACCACCACGCCCGGCGGCGGCGCUGCUGCCGGGGAGGCAGGGACCGCCACCAGCGGCGCGUCCGUGCUGGGGGUAGCGGCGGCUCGCGUCGGAGCCGUCGCGGCGGUCGCCGCAGGCGCGUUCGCCUUCUGA